AUGUCAAAUCCACAGCAUAGCCCGACGCAGGCUCCAUCACCCAAGCGAAGACGAGUCGCGCUAGCAUGUCAACAUUGCCGCGAGCGCAAAGUCCGCUGUGAUGGACAAAGACCAACGUGUGGUGCUUGUCUGAAGAAGGGAAUCACAGGUCAAGCUUGCGAGUAUCUGGUCAUUGCAGACACCGCCAAAUAUCAAACUGAAAAGGCCUACUUGCAUUCGUUACACUCCCACGUUGCAGAUUUGGGGGGAGCGCAACCGUCCAGGUCCCCUCGUCAGACUGAGCCCACUAAUCCAGCGCAGGACAGUCGAUCGGGACAAGGCUACUCUAUUGGAACCACAUUUCCCAUGUCACUCGCAGCUAUGGGAGCAGCUGUGCCAUGUACACCCGACACAACCUGCCAGGAUCAGUACUACGGACAAUCAUCUCUCGUGUCACUGGUUCAUCAAUAUGCACAAAGCUCACCUGGCCAGAAGUCUAUACAAUCCGGCAACCGUCAAGAUAUGGCGAGCAAUGCAUCACCGGAAUCAUCAAUGACUCGCCAUCAUGGAGCGCUCUCUCCAAACAUGGCCACCUUAAUUUCGGACGACUUCUCACUCCCACCAAGGCGAUUAGCGGACAGGCUACUCGACGUCUACUUCACUAACAACCAUAUCUUCUACCCAUGGGUACACAAAGAAAGCUUUAUGGUUACAUAUGAAAGUAUCUGGACGAAUAAAGCCAUCAACCCAGAAACUUUACUUCCAGACGUGGGUAUUGGCGGUAGGAAUUGCUCAUCAAGCGUGUUCCACUGUGCCUUAAACGCGAUGUUCGCCAUUGCUUGCGAAUUCUCUGACAUGGAGUCUCGCGAUAAACGCAAUUCCUCCAUGAUGUUUUACGAACGCAUGAAGAGCUUGAUGAACGUCGAUAUCCUCGAUAGUGGUAGUUUGGCUCACGUCCAAGCCCUUUUGAUGGUUUCGAUAUAUCUACAGUGCACGCCGCAUCCCAAGAGAUGCUGGAACGUUAUUGGUAUGGCGCACAGGAUGGCAGUAGGUCUUGGAUUGCACAAUCGUCGUCAAUUCAAGGGUAUUUCGGCUCUGGAGAAAGAGAUGCGAUGGCGAGCAUGGUGCGCAUGCGUGCAAAUGGACGUAAUAGUCAGCAUGACCACAGGUCGUCCACCCAUGACGCACAACUAUUCCCGAGUCCCAUUGCCCUCGCCGAUUGACGACAAAUACCUCGCAGUGAGCAAAGAAGGGACAAAACAACCGGACGGAAUUAUAUCCAGUAACGAAUUUUUACAUCAGAAUAUGAAACUUAUUGGGAUUCUGUGGAAGGUCCUAUUGACAGUAUAUCACAACGUUGACGAGCCGGCAGACGAAUUAUCCUCACCUGCGCCCGAAACCGACUUCAAAGCCAUAAUGGAGAUCGACCGAUCAUUGGAGGACUUUGAAGAGUCACUUCCGGAGGUCUUCACAUGGAAAUUCUCUAAUGCCCCAAGACCGCAUCGGACAUUCCGUCGUCAGUCAAAUGUUUUACAUGCCAGAUUUUUGCACCUGAAGCUGCUUUUAUACCGCCCUACAUUUAGCACGUAUUGCUCCAAUGGCAAAUCACGGACUGGCCAGUCAAAUUCCUGGACAGUUAUGUACCAACAAAAUGCAGCUGUGAGAUGCGUUCGAGCUGCCUGCGAUCUUAUCUUGUCUCUUUCAAAAGCAACGAUCGAAGAUUCAACAGGUGCCUGGUGGUAUGGAGUAUUCUAUCUCAUAAGUGCAGGCAUCGUUCUAGUUCUUGUUGAGUCAAGUGGUACCGAUUUUCCCGGCAUACCCCAGGAAGAACGGGAACACGCCUGGGACGAGUGCCUUGAGACUCUGAACAGAAUGGUCUCAGUACACCCAUCAGCCAGAGAUUAUCAUAUCGCUUUGCAUGAUCUUAGGAAAAGUCACACCACGCAAGUUCGUCAUGCAAACAAUGGCCCAGUGCAGUCACCAGCAAGUGAAGCACCUGCAGGUGACAUGGGAAAUGAACAGACAAACCAACUACCCUCUAGCAUGAUGCAGAGUGGGCAAAUGGAGUACGGCUUCCAGAGCCCAUUCUUUCAUAAUUGGGAUGCGGAUCUCGGUGAUAUCAUGCUCCCUGCCCAGUUUCUGCAGAAUCUUGACGAAGAACUGCUAUUGCCAAAUCUUUUUUAA